GAUAUUGCACAAUACGUGACACAUUUGGUCGCUCUCGAUGGACAGUUAGUAAAAACUUCAACAGGAUGUUGCGAGCUUUAAAUGUUAUAGCUCCGAGGAUGAUGGCUAAGCCAACAAGUGCAACUCCAUUUAAAAUUCGUGAGAGUACACGAUUUUAUCCUUACUUUAAGGAUUGCAUUGGAGCUAUGGACGGUACACAUAUCCCAGCAAUGGUAGAGAAAAGAAAUGCAGCCGUUUAUCGGAAUCGACAUGGAAUUACAUCUCAAAAUGUGUUAGCGGUUUGCAAGUUCGACUUGGAGUUCAUAUACGUGAUCAGUGGAUGGGAAGGGUCUGCUCAUGAUUCGAAAAUACUUAACGACGCAAUGACAAAAAGAAAUGGACUGAAAAUACCGCAAGAAUGCCGUUCAGAUGAGUUUCCGGUCGAGGAAGAGGAAGAGGAAGAUAGCCAUCCAUCAACGCUUGUAAAUGACGACGAAAUUUUGACACAACAAACUCAAGAACAACAACGUCAAGAAGCUAAUGCAUGGAGAAAGAGUAUAGCGGAUGAUAUGUGGGAA